GCCCGCCCCGGCGCCGCCCCGGUGCCGCCGGCGGAGCGAGCGCGGAUCGGCCCAGCAUGGAGGGGACGCGGCGCGCCCUGCUCCACCUCGCCGCCGCCUGCUGCCUGCUCUGCGCCCUGCCAGGAGGGGGUCAGAAGACAGCAGAGGCCUUGGUGACACCAUCACCUUUUCACAGCACAGUGCUAACCUCCCAUCAGCCAAGGGAAGACUCAGACUUCAGCCCAUUGACUACUGCCAGUCCUCAGACAAGCAUGGAGAAAAACUUGACUGCUGCAACACCCAAUGUCACUGAGGCCCAUGCUAAAGAGGUGGAGGAUGCCUUCAUCCCUACCACCCCCAUGGCAGGCUCCAAAGCAGAGAAACYGCAGCCUUCUACCACUGCCAGUCCUGGGGACACCACAGUUACACAUCCUGAGCACGACAACGUGAGCUUGCCAGUCAAUAGCAGCACUAAAAUCUCCUCCCCUACCUCGACUGCCAGCACUCUGGAAGGAAACCAGCUCAGCCAUGAAGCCACAGAGCCUUUCAGCACAACUGAAGAAACGGAUGAUGCCAGCAGUGCCACCCCCACACCUCAUCUGAACACUGUGCCAGCAACGACUAACAGCWCUCAGCCGGGGCUUUUUGGUGGGCACACCCUGGGGCCCACAGCAGCAAGGUCAGAAACCAAGCCAGGAACGAGCCCUGUGGGUGCCACAGAGGAGAGCACUGUGGAGCCCAGAACUUCCUCUGCUCCCAUCUCCACUGUACGGAGCACCUCAUUUGCUACUGCCUCCAGUACUGUGACAGUGACAUCCCUYGUGACCAGCUCCACAUCUGCCAGCACAGCUGCCAUCCCCACCAGCACAUCUACACUGGCACAGUCACUGGAACCCAGGCACGAGAAGGCUUCUGUGUUGAAUGUUGGUGAUGAUGACAAUUCAGAGCUACCCAAUUUGGCUGGUACAACGAGGGCUGAUCCCUUGGUAAUCACUGUGAUCUCCGUCUUCAUUGUCAUGGUGGGCAUCCUGGGCCUGCUGGGCUUCUUGAGGUACCGCCAGCACAACAACCGCAUGGAGUUCCGGCGCCUGCAGGACCUGCCCAUGGUCCCUCUCCUUCCAUCCAGGGUUUGAAUCAAGACAGCAAGUCUCAAGGCUGGGCACUAAAGAAGCUCUCUGCCUUCCCCUCACUCUGCAGGGGAAUGCUGAGAGGUUAAAUAGAGAGAGAAAGGAGAGCUCCAUCCAAAGUUGUCCUGAAAUGACACCUUCCUAACCUCUCCUCCUGUUUUUUGAUAUAUUUGCUUUGUGACUAUGACAAAGCAGAUUCCAUGCUCUGUUCCAGGGAGGUUGUCUGUYUGUCUGUCUGUCUGUCUGUGUUUCCCCCUUUGGGAAUAUAAAAAUAUAUGAGGGUUUCAGAAGCUGGACUAGCUCUGGGGAAGCUGCAACUAACUCCCUGCACUUUCUGGAACAGAGGAGUACUGCAGCUAGCAAACAAGCUGAUGCUGUUGCAAGCAAGCUGAUGCUGUUUCAAGCUGAGUGGAGUUUUCAACAGCCAGGGUUUUCCACAACCUUGCAGCAGGGAGGCAGCUCCUGCACACACCUCUUCUCUCCAAAUGCUGCAGCAGGAGAGAGACUGACAGCCCAAAGAUCCAGGAACUGCACAGUGACAGCAUUUAGGUGGAUGGCUGGGCAGGUGGCCAUGCUGUGACAGUGUGGCUGAGAAGGCUGUGCUGCCUCUUCCUGCACAGCACUCUUCCAGRCUGGGACCAUAAUGCCAUCAUGCAGACGUCUCAUUAAAGCACCCUCUUCUCUGCUUCUAGGAUGACAUGAUGGAGGACACCCCUCUCUCCCUCUACAGCUACUAGGCAACCAAGCUGUCCAGUGCCCAGAGGAAAAGGCCUUGAGAACUUGGUCCCAGACGAUCUGCUGAGGAAUGAGGGGCUGUGAUUUGCACACAACUGAAAGAUCCUUGUCAGAUGUUUUUUUGGGGUUUAGACGUUUUAAAUAGUUCAGUGUUGAAGUUUCUAUGCUGCGAAUCAGAGCCCAAGUCUGGCCCUUUUCUCCAGACUCUCCUCAAAACAAUGCCCUGAAGAGGUGUCUCCUCCUUUUAGUGUGGCAACCAAUUAGCCAAGACAGCCUUUGCCAUGGUGUUCUGCAUGGAUCUCUUCUGUUCAUCCUGGUGGCUGCUGCUUUCCAAGGAGGUGGGCAGGUGAUCCAGACUAGGGCUCUUAACACUGAUGGUGUCAGCACAGUGCUAGAAAAGGAGACUGCUGUUUUCUGAGGAAGCCAAGGAUGUGGAAAUCAGUUCUCUUGGGCUCCUUCUUGUUCUGUAUUUUUAAGGUUGUUUGUUUUGGGGUUUUUCUUGCACUUUUUUUGUUCCUGUUUCAGCUUUAGUCCCAGGAUUGGCAUUACCCAUCCUGAAACACCUACCAGGAGGAUAAAAGACUGCUCUGCUUCCUUCCCACAUGCAUACCUUUUCUCUUUAACCAGGGAAAACAGUUUUGUGGCCACUGGAGAAGUGCUCCUGCUACUUGAUAUUGCUUUGAAGUUGCUGGGAGGAAAAUGAACAUAAAUUAGCUUAACAGAGCUUGAUAGGACUCAGUCUACUGCCAAUUAGACACACUAAUUUGGUCUCACCAAAAUUAGGAAACCGUGUCUCCUACACUUGAUGCUUUCAGCAUAUGUGUGAACUCCUUUCCCAGGCUCAGUAAAUGUUUUAGUCCAUUUCCCUGCCUGGACUAACUCAAGCCUUUCCUCAGGUACCUCCAAUUUUGCUUCUAGAAUCUGGUUGCUGGAAGUUGUUGUACAAAACUGGUACUUCACUCUCCCUCCUGUGCUAUGCAAAGUCAAAGCUCCUCUUCUUUCCAGUGUUGGUCUUUUGAGCCAGUUAGUGGUUUGUCAUGAGGACAGAUCCUGGAUGUAGGUGCCUUCCUCCCCUUCCCUUUCUUGGUGUUAGGCUGAUUAGAUUCUGCACUUUUGCCUCAAAAUAUCACUGCUGUAGACUGCAUCCAAGGCUCUGAAGGUUUCUCUUGGAAACCCACAGACCAGAGCCUCUGAGUGGAAAUCRGAGGAUCUUUUGGUGCCCUUGCCUCAGAAAGACCAGAGUGUGUGACAUGACAGUCUUCAUGUAAUUACACCUGYUCCUAUUUUCUAACUCACAUUUGACUGCAGGUAAAUGGAAACACAUGCCUUCUCCAGAGUGGCUGAUUUUUGACUAAGCCAGUUGCUCCCUCAGGAYACAGCAAGGGCUAGAGAUUAUCUGCCACAUUGCUCUUACAGGUUUCUCCUCUCCUUUCAGUAGCAACAUCACUGAACCCCACAAAGGACAGAUACCAGGCCUCACUUGCAAAAGUACCUUUUUUCCCCAGUGCUGUUAUUGGUUGUCGUAGCAGGGAAAGGGGAAUUUCCCCAUCAGCUGAGCUCUGGAAAGCCCAAAGAUGGAGCARAACCAUCUGGAACAAACAGAUGAACUGGGCAAGGCAGCAGUUCCUCCUCCCUGGCUGCURCAGUGCAGUUGGGGUUCAGCUGUUGGCUUUGGCCUUCCAUCCGUGUGUUGUAAAGAUGCCCAGUAAAAUAGAGAAGAAGGGUUGGUUCUCCUAUGAUUGCAUGAGAACUAAAGAGCAAUUGUCACAACUCCAAAGCUUUUGUAUCAAGCAUUGUCUGCACAGAGCAGAUCUCCCUAGCUACAGACUUGUUUCCCCUGCCGGAGGGCAGGGUGCUACUGGUUUUCGGCACRAAGUUGGCAAGUUGGCAGUGGAAAAUAGAACUCCAUCCUGGCUGGAACUGGUGCAGGCUGGCAUAUCUGGGAAGUGUCUCUGCACACAAUCAAAAGGGCAGGGGCUGGUUGUUCUGGUUUCCCAUGCAUCGCUGUCCAGGGGAAAGGGUGAGGAAGAAAACUCGCCCAACACCAAAGUGCAACUUUUCUUUGUAAAAUAUUGUUGAUAGUGGAUUUUUUUUUUUCUGCAAUAAAGUUACAAAUGCCAAAAGUGUCUCAGCCCUCAUAUUUU